AUGGGCGGCCACGGAGGGCUAAACAUCCUGCCGCAGAAAAAGUGGAACGUUUACAGGAAGGAUAGACAGUUUAAAGUGAAUUAUGACGAAAACAAACUUAUAAAGGAAGAAGAAAAAAAAGUGAGAAAAAAGACUGAGCAGGCAUUUGAAAACACCAUCAGUCAGCUGAAGCAGAACGUGAAUCAAAGCAGCGCGCACGAAGGCGAUGCCUGCCAAAAGAAUAACCAAAAUGAGGGGAACCAUCACUGUGAACACAUUAACCUAUUUGCAGAAGAGGAAAAAGAAAUAAAUGAAAGGAACAAAAAGCAUGAAGAAUUUUUAAUCAAAAAAGGACACUACAUUUACAAUGAUAAAAAUUUUAAUGGAGAAAAUUGUAUCUAUGACAAGACAAGUAAUGCAAAAAUUGUUUCCGAUUUUGACAAAAUUAAGUUAAGUCAAAAUGAGUGGUAUUUGAGGAGACAGAGCAGCAUUUUUCCCAACACGAAUGAGUCGAAGGAGCUAAAGGGGGGGAAUAGGGAUGACCCUUUUUGGGACAAGGUCCACCAGGGACAAACUGACCAUCUGCGGAGAAGCCACUCGUCAGAAAGUGACGACUCACAUCGGCAUGGGGGAAGGUUAAAACAUCGAGAUAGUAGAAGGAACAAGGAAAAGGAGAAGAAAAGGAAAGAGAAAGAGAAGAAGAAAAAGAAGUAUGACCAUAUCAAGAAACUUAUAAAAUAUAAAAAAGACAAGGAGAAAAGGGAAAGGAAGAAAAGCCGCAAAAAGUGA